GAUGCGGUUAUGAGUACGACCGUGCGUGAGCAGUAUUCGCUCCUCCGGCUUUUCAAGGGCCGUUGGGGGCGGUCCGGACACCGCGAGACGUGCGGUGCUUUACCAGCUGCGCAGGCCCUAUCUCCGUGCAAGCCGAUUUCAGGGCCAUCGAGCUGUGAAAAAGAAAAGACAUCUCUUCCCCGGAGCCCCCGCCGACGUAACCGGAUUCGCUCGCGUUGCCGCCAGCUGCCACGUCCCCGGUUCGGGAAUUUUGACCCGAUUCCCUUUCGAUGGGCGGCGCGGGGAGAACCGCGCCGUUCUCAAGGAGUUACCCCAUCUCUUAGGAUCGACUAACCCAUGUGCAACUGCUGUUCACAUGGAACCUUUCUCCACCUCAGUCUUCAAAGUUCUCAUUUGAAUAUUUGCUACUACCACCAAGAUCUGCAGCGAUCGGGAGCUCCACGCGCGCUCACGCGCACGCUUCGAUGCAUCCCACCGCGCCCUCCUACUCGCACCGGCUCACCAGCAGCCGGGUGCGGCCGGGUAUAGGUCACGCGCUUGAGCGCCAUCCAUUUUCGGGGCUAAUUGAUUCGGCAGGUGAGUUGUUACACACUCCUUAGCGGAUUUCGACUUCCAUGACCACCGUCCUGCUGUCUUAAUCAAUCAACACCCUUUGUGGGAUCUAGGUUAGCGCGUAGUUAGGCACCGUAACCCGGCUUUCGGUUCAUCCCGCCUCGCCAGUUCUGCUUACCAAAAAUGGCCCACUUGGCACUCAUGUUGGUGGGGUCAGCCAGCACCCCUGAAAGCCAGCCACAAUUAAGAUGGCGGCCCUCCUCGCCCGUUUAAAGUUUGAGAGUCGGUCGAGGGAGCUUCUCCCCCGAGCCCGCCAAUCAUUCGCUUUACCAGACGUAACCACGUAUCGAGCACCAGCUAUCCUGAGGGAAACUUCGGAGGGAACCAGCUACCAGAUGGUUCGAUUAGUCUUUCGCCCCUAUACCCAAGUCUGACGAACGAUUUGCACGUCAGUAGCGCUGCGGGCCUCCACCAGAGUUUCCUCUGGCUUCGCCCUGCUCAGGCAUAGUUCACCAUCUUUCGGGUCCCAACGCGACUACUCAA